AUGAGUCAGACAGCUGGGAGUCCUCUGAAGGCUGUUGGAAUUGAUUUCCUCAGAAAAGAGAAUACCUAUCUUCAUCAUACCAAUGCCUAUAACAAUUGCAGCCUGGUUUUGAGACGUGGGCAGGUGUUUCAGCUGAAGGUGACAUUUAGCAGGGAGCUGAAAGAUGAUGACCAAGUCAUACUGCAGCUCAGCAUUGGUGAAAAACCAAAGCCAUCUAAUGGAACUUUUUUAUCCUUGAAUGCAAGGUCAGGACAGGAAGGUCAACCAUGGCAUGCCAACAUCCAUCAAACAAAUGGGAAGGAGUGCCUGAUAGCUGUAACCAGUCCAGCAGAUGCAAUUAUUGGAAAAUACAUUCUGAAAGUGGAAACAGGACCUAACAUUUAUAGUCCUGAGAAGAAUUUUGUCUACAUUUUGUUCAACCCUUGGUGUGAAGCGGAUUCUGUUUUCAUGCCCAAUGACAACGAGAGGGCUGAGUACGUGCUGAAUGAUACCGGUUAUCUCUACGUUGGAUCAUCAGAAAUUAUACGUGGAAGACCUUGGAAUUUCGGGCAGUUUGAGGAAGAUGUCUUGGAUUGCUGCAUGUAUCUUCUAGAGAAGAGCCAACUCAAGCCGAAGGCUAAAAAAAAUCCUGUGAUCAUCGCUAGGGCAAUGUCAGCUUUGGUUAACUCUGAGGAUGAUAAAGGAGUGCUAUUUGCUAGCUGGUCGGGACACUAUGUUGGUGGUACUCCUCCUCUGGCCUGGACAGGAAGUGCCCCAAUUUUGCAGCAGUAUUACAGAACCAAAAAAACAGUUCUUUAUGCUCAGUGCUGGGUUUUCUCUGGUGUGCUUACCACAGUUAUGCGGAGUCUGGGGAUCCCAGGCAGAAGUGUGACCAAUUUUGCUUCGGCUCAUGAUACAGAGCAAAAUCUCCGAGUUGAUGUUUAUUUGAAUGAAAAGGGAGAAAAAUUGAACUCGCUGACAAGAGAUUCAGUUUGGAACUUCCAUGUCUGGAAUGAUGUCUGGAUGAAAAGGCCUGACUUGCCGAAGGGCUUUGAUGGCUGGCAGGCGAUUGAUGCCACACCUCAGGAACAGAGCGAAGGGAUUUUCCAGUGUGGCCCUUGUCCAGUAAUUGCCAUCAGAAAGGGGGACGUCUAUCUUCCCUACGACGGCAAGUUCUUAUUUGCUGAAGUGAAUGCAGACAGGGUCUUCUGGCUGGUAAAGAAUGAGGAGGGGAAAGAAAAAUAUAUCAAGCUGCGUGAAGAAACCAAGGUGAUAGGAAAGAACAUCAGCACCAAAGCGGUAGGAAAGAAUAUCCGUGAAGACAUCACCGCUCAAUACAAAUUUCUAGAAGGGAGUCCUGAUGAAAGGACAGCUGUGGGAAAUGCUUGCUCCUAUCUGCAGUGUGACGGACUGGGAGCCUAUGGGGCAGCCCAUCUCAAUCGGCCCCUCAAGGCUGAUCUGGAAAUUGAGGUGGAAAGUAAAAAAGCAUUGUGGCCAGGACAGCCCAUUGAUCUGAAUAUCGUCAUAAAUAACAAAGCUGAAGGCAAUUGGACAAUCAACCUAGCUGCCUCUUGCCAACUAGAAACAUACACUGGGAAAGUAGAGGAGAGUCUUGCGACUAUCAAGCAGGUUAUCCAAACAGAAGGCAAGCCAGCUAUUCGUAUCCCUCUGAAAAUAGCAGCUGAUGCUUACAUGAAAGCACUGACGGAAAUAGAGGAUGAACUGUUGGUCAAAGGCAAUAUUAUCGUUGAAGUUCAAGAAACGAAUGAGAAACUCACGGACGAGAUGUCUCUAAACUUUCUGUACCCACCUCUCAAAGUGGAGAUGCCAGAAACUGCAAAGAUUAAUCAAGAUUUUACCUGUGCAUUUAUUUUCAAGAAUACACUGUCUAUUCCCUUGGAAAAAUGCAAACUGUAUGUAGAAGGCCUGGGCAUCUUUAAGUUGGAAACAUUUGAUCAAGGGGAUAUUGCACCUGGCGGAAUAUUUAAAUCCAAAAUCGUGUGUGCACCAAGGAAGACUGGGCUGAAAAAGAUUGUGGCCAAACUGAACUCCACCCAGCUAAAAGAAAUAACUGUAGAGAAGAUUAUUUCCAUCACUGAGUAGGGGCAUUUCCAAAUGCCAUCAGGUGGUGUCAGCAGAGACGUGUGUUAUGUAUGAGCCUUACUGACACUGCUUGCAGUCUUG